AUGCCCCGACCAGAGCACCCGCCAACACCUGCAUCUUCCACCGAGAUCAGGAGCAAGGAUGGUUCGCAGUUCUUCUCGUUGCAGACGUCCUUCGAACUGCCUCCACCAGCUGUAGCAGACAUGGAAUUCCAGCCUUCCGGAGCGGCGACGAUUCUCAAGUCCGGCUCGUCAUAUCACCCCGCGUCCCCAAAAUCACCUCUCAUUCCCGCCAGCGAGGUAGUGAAGAUCCGUAGACGCUCGUCAGUAGCUCAAGCACCUCCCAAGGAUUCCUUUGCGCUUCCCCCACCACCUACGCGAUCAAGAAAGAUUAUUCAGAUGAAACCCCAACAAGCAGAGGAGAUUGAACCUCCUAAAGAGAGCCCCAAGUAUACAGCUCCCAAAUCAACGGCCCCGCCAAAGAAGAAACAGCCUUCUUCAACAAGCGUUGCUGGACGGAAGAUUGCUAGGAAGACGGCACAUAGUUUGAUUGAGCGGAGGAGGAGAUCCAAGAUGAACGAUGAGUUUGGGGUUUUGAAGGACAUGAUACCUGCUUGUACGGGAGAAAUGCACAAGCUAGCCAUUCUACAGGCGUCAAUAGAUUAUGUACGAUAUCUAGAAGACUGCGUCACGAAACUACAAGCAGAGAACAAUCGAGCGAAUCCGCCUUCUACUUCCUCAUCAGACAAGAACGAGCAAUUCGUUCCCCCUCGACCAGCAAGACGAGAAGAUGACCUCGGCACACCGAGACAAUAUACACAGUAUGAGGCAGAUGGCGAUAUAGAGAUGCUUGGCUCUGAAGCUGGCACCUCACCUACCUAUACACCAACACCGCGCCCCAUCUCCAUCUCCACAUCCACAUCCAUAUCCACAUCACCAGCCCUCCUCCCCCAAAACCCCCUCAACCGACGACUUUCCUAUUCCCCCAUAUCACCCGCCUCCCACUCCAACACUCACCGCCACUACAGCUUCAGCACCUCCGCAUCCACCUCCGCAUCCACCUCUACAUCUGCAUGCGCAUCGACAACCACAAGUCCAGCUCUCGGCCCUUCCACCUCCACAUACGACCAUGCGCGCCCCAACUCCACCCUCACAAGCCCCGCCUUACCACCCCAACGAAAUCCAUCUCUAUCUCUAUCUCUAAAUCUAGAUAUGGAUCAAGAAGCCACCGUCGCGCUCUUAAUGCUGAAUACCGAUAGACGAGGUACGAGCACGAGCACGAGCGCGGACGCUAGGACUAGAAUUGAAAGCAGGGGAGGCAUGAGCGUGAAGGAUUUGAUUUGCUGA